CCUAACAAUCAAACACAGAGAUGCGACCUGCCGUCCAGUUUCUGUUGACGUGGUAACUUAUCAGUUUAUGUGGGAAAUUCUCCAGAUAUUCAUGAAGAGAAGUUAGCAAAACAGUGCUAUUAAAAGCGAGAAGUCAUGCUGGACUUUGCCAUAUUUGCUGUCACGUUUGUCAUCAUUUUGGUUGGCGCUGUUCUCUAUUUGUACCCGUCAUCCAGAAGGGCCUCUGGUAUCCCAGGUCUCAAUCCUACCGAUGAGAAGGAUGGGAACCUGCAGGACAUCGUGAACAGAGGCAGUCUGCAUGAGUUCCUGGUCAGUCUGCAUCUGCGGUUUGGCUCGGUCGCCUCCUUCUGGUUCGGGGGUCGGCCCGUGGUCAGCCUGGGGUCCGUGCUCCAGCUCCAGCAACACAUCAACCCCAACCACAGCACUGACUCCUUUGAGACAAUGCUGAAGUCUCUGCUGGGCUACCAGUCAGGAACGGGAGGGGGGGCCACAGAGAGCGUGAUAAGAAAGAAGGUUUACGAGAGUGCCAUCAACAACACGGUGGAGAAAAAGUUCCCCCUGGUGCUAAAGCUGGUGGAGGAGCUGGUGGGGAAGUGGACGUCCGCCCCGGAGGCUCAGCACACCCCUCUGUGUGCCCACCUGCUGGGGCUGGCCAUGAAGACCGUCACCCAGCUGGCUCUGGGCGAGACGUUCAGGGACGACUCCGAGGUCCUCUCCUUCCGCAAGAACCACGACGCGAUCUGGUCAGAAAUUGGCAAAGGGUACUUGGACGGCUCCCUUGAGAAAAGCUCCAGCAGGAAAGCACAUUAUGAGAAGGCUCUGUCAGAGAUGCAGGCCGUUCUGCUGUCGGUGGCGAAGGACAGGAAGGCUCAGAGGAAGCAGACGGCAUUUGUGGACGCUCUGCUUCAGUCCAGCCUCACAGAGCGACAGAUCAUGGAGGACUGCAUGGUUUUCACUUUGGCUGGAUCUGUCAUCACUGCCAACUUGUGUAUCUGGGCACUUCACUUCCUGUCCACCUCGGAGGACGUUCAGGACAAACUGUACCAGGAGCUGGAGCAGGUUUUGGGUUCAGACCCCAUUUCAUUAGACAAGAUCCCUGAGCUGAGAUACUGCCAGCAGGUCCUGAACGAGACGGUGAGGACCGCCAAGCUGACCCCCGUCGCUGCGAGGCUGCAGGAAGUGGAGGGCAAGGUGGAUCAGCAUGUCAUCCCCAAAGAGACUUUGGUCAUCUACGCUUUGGGAGUUGUCCUUCAGGAUUCUGACACCUGGAGCACCCCAUACAGGUUUGACCCAGAUCGAUUUGAGGAGGAAUCGGUGAGGAAGAGCUUCUGUCUUCUCGGAUUCUCAGGGAAUCAAACAUGUCCAGAACUCAGGUUUGCCUACACUGUGGCUACUGUCCUGCUCAGUACGUUGGUGCGGCAGCUGAAGCUUCACCCUCUGAAGGGGCAGGUGAUGGAGGUGCGAUCUGAGCUGGUAUCCACGCCUAAAGAAGAAACCUGGAUCACCGUCAGCAGAAGAAAGCAAAAAUAAUCGCU